AUGAAUAACAGUGGAUCGAAGCCUCACAGCCAAAUUUCGAACGGUGGCGGACAAAUGGUCGGUGGCGGGCAAAUGGUCGUUAACAGUACUCGGCCGGCGAAUCCGACUCGCAAAGAUAACCGCCCGAAAACUCAGAACUCAACGAAAGUCGUUGAGAAAUUUAAAAUGACCACCAAAUCCGAGUACUCGGAUACACCCGGCUCUACUACUUCAGUAUCCACGCAUAUUACCGUCACUCAAACUAGACAAGAGAGGCCAGGGCCGCAAACAAAUGCCAAGGCUAGUAUCGCUAACACCAAGGCCGGCCCUCAGUCCGACAAAAGCCAUGCUCAGAUCACCAACGGCAUCAAGUCAAGCAAGCCAUCGACAAAUAAUACUAAGACUAACGAGCCAGCCACCAAGCCUAGUCAUGCUGGGGCAAACGGUGCCAAAGAGAGUCUAGCUGAUAAGAAAUCAAAACCAGCCAAACCUAAGUCUAACAGCGCAACCGAUCCCAGAACCGGUGCUCCUGAUAAUAACAAAAAGCCAUCACAUCACAAGACAUCAACUAAACCAACCAACAGGGCAAAGUCUGGUCCUCCAAGCCAAUCGAGAAGCGCAACUGAUACUACCACGACGAAAGAGCAAAUGACAUACGUCCAUCAGUUCGACAACUCCAAAUCUGGCCCUGUCAACGAGCAGAAAUCCGAAGGCCAAUCGAUGGUUCUCCAGCCGAGAUAUCGCGCUACUUUAAAAUCUUAUCCUACGUCUCACACCACCCAACCGGGCCAGACGACCGGCUUUCCUAACUUCAACUUGGCCAACUUGCCUAUCUCCAAUCUCAACAUACCUCAAAUUGCACAGUUCCAUAAUCAAACUGCUCUCCAGGGAAACCCGCCUUCUAAAGGCUACGUCAAAGUUCAAGUUUCAAAAAAGAUCACUACCUCUCAACCGUCCAAGUAG